AUGUCUCCCUACCAAUUGGUCUUUGGUAAAUCUUGCCACCUUCCGGUUGAAUUGAAGCAUUCAUCAUAUUGGGCGGUGAGGCAAGUGAACGCGGAUUUCAUCAAGGCCGGGAAGGAAAGGAAACUUCACCUCAACUUACUUGAAGAAUUUAGGAAUGAAGCUUAUGCAAAUUCCUCUAUAUACAAGGAGAGGGUGAAGGCUUACCACGACAAAAUGAUAGAGAAGCGGGAGUUCCAGCCGGGAGAGGCCGUGUUACUCUUUAACCACAAGCUAAGGUUCUUUCCGGGGAAGCUAAAAUCGAAGUGGUCGGGCCCUUUCACUAUCAAGAGUGUGAUGAACAAUGGCACGAUGGAGCUUAUAGCACCCGAUGGGAGCACAUUUAAGGCAAAUGGUCAAAACAUCAAGAAGUUCUAUACUGAGGAGCAACAAGAUGAGGUCUUCGUUGUUGCCUUGAUCAAAUAG